UCGCGAGUUACGUUCCAUACCGCGACCGGCCGCGCACCUUUCGCCGCACGCCGUUAACACUGGCUAAAAAGAAAAAACAACAUAAUAUUGAAUUUGGAAUAAAAUUAACAAGCUCGAUUUAAAAAAAAAUUAAGAGCGAAUUUUGAUAGCGCAUUUUAUUUUGUUUAUUUUAAAAUUAAAAUUAUUUUGUGUUUGUGAAAAUGGUUCGUAAAAUCAGUGGACUCCUGUGUUGCCUCUGCGUUUUCGGUAUUUCGUUUAGUGACAGCGCUAUAUCAGCUGAUUCCGAGUCAAGAUGCCGCAACCCGCCAACAGCGCCACAGAAGAUAGAGCGGGUGAUCACUCUGUGUCAGGAUGAAAUAAAACUGUCAAUACUGAGAGAGGCGUUGGACGUGAUCAAAGAAGAGCACACGAUGCCUGCACAGAGACGGCGCGACAAGAGAGAGGUGCCUUUCACGCAUGACGAGAAGAGAAUUGCUGGGUGUUUGCUGCAGUGUGUCUACCGGAAAGUGAAAGCUGUGGACGGCUACGGUUUCCCGACAUUGGAAGGUCUAGUGGGCCUGUACUCAGACGGUGUGAAUGAGCGCGGCUACUUCAUGGCGGUCCUGGAAGCCUCGCGAGAGUGCCUCAUGAAGAACCACGACAAGUUCUCCAGGACUGUUCCUAUGGACAAUGGCCGUAACUGCGACAUCUCUUUCGAUAUAUUCGAGUGUAUUUCGGACCGCAUCGGCGAAUACUGUGGAACCUCCGGUCUCUAACUGUAUAAUUACUUACUACCAUUAUAAUUAAACUGUCGAUGUAGGUUUAGCUAAUUAAUUAACCGUUGCAAUAAUAAUUUUAAAUAUUUUCGUUUUGUAAAUUGUAUUUUUUACUAUCGGAUUUGGAUUAGCACUGCCAUCUUAAUGUUUUGUAUUGAUUUUUAAAAUUAUCAACUUUCGAUUUAUUGUUUAAUGAAACUUUAAUGACUGUUUUCACUACCCCUAAACCAUAUCUUAACUAAAAGAUACCUAACAUCUAAAUUCACCUCUUACUUGUCCUAUUAGGUACCACUUACAGAUCAAUGAAAACCAAAAUGUUGUUAAAUGUCACCUAUAUUAGCUUAGGGGUUCCUUAAAAGUUAAGAAAGGUUGUGAAAACGGUCAUAAGACUUUUAUAUAUGUUUCUUUAUUAUUGUUUCUCUUAUAUUUAUAAAAUAUGAAAAUGUCUUCAAUAUACUAUUUUCAUAUAGAAUCCUACAUAAGUUACCAACCCGAAACAAACCAUUAGAAUAAGUAUAUGUACAUAGAAUAAUUAACUAAACUAAAAUGUGAUGCUCAAUAAUUUUAGCUGUAAGGUAGCUCCAUUGAUUUCUUAAAGAACAAUUUCUAUAUAGCACAGCGACUACUAUUGAGUAGCUAUUAUACUCUUUCAAUAAUAUUUUUUACCAUUUCGAAAAAUAAUUUCAAUAAACUCAAAUGUAUGUCUACUUUACGUCUUAAAUUAGCUGCUCCUUAACGAACUGAUAGAUUUAACAUAGCUUUAAGUUUUAUAUAAUAAAAUUCUGUAUAUAUCUA